GAGAUGGAGAAUAAAGAAACCCUUAGGGGGUUGCAGAAGAUGGAUGACCGCCCAGAAGAGCGCAUGAUCAGGGAGAAACUCAAGGCAACGUGCAUGCCAGCAUGGAAGCAUGAAUGGCUGGAAAGAAAAAACAGGAGAGGCCCAGUGGUGGUGAAGCCUAUCACUGGGAAAGGAGAUGGAUCAGAAAUGCACAAACUCUCUCUAGAUCCUCAAGCUGAAGGACAAAGCUCUGUUUCUUCACCUACACAGAAAGGAAGACGCAGUCCUUCUCCUAGUAGCUCAUCUUCGUCAUCCUCUAGGACAGUUAAAUCUGAAUCACCGGGUGUUAGAAGAAAAAGGGUAUCUCCAGUGCCUUUUCAGAGUGGACGAAUAACACCACCUCGACGAGCUCCAUCUCCAGAUGGCUUCUCUCCAUACAGCCCUGAGGAAACAAAUCGUCGCGUCAACAAAGUUAUGCGAGCCAGGCUGUACCUGCUGCAGCAGAUAGGACCCAACUCUUUCUUAAUUGGAGGAGACAGCCCUGAUAAUAAAUACAGAGUGUUUAUUGGGCCUCAGACUUGUAGCUGUGGCCGUGGAACAUUUUGUAUUCAUCUGCUGUUUGUUAUGCUGCGGGUGUUCCAGCUUGAGCCCUCAGACCCAAUGCUCUGGAGAAAGACACUGAAGAACUUUGAGGUUGAGAGUUUGUUCCAGAAAUAUCACAGUAGGCGUAGCUCGAGGAUCAAAGCUCCAUCUCGUAACACCAUCCAGAAGUUUGUCUCACGCAUGUCAAAUUCUCAUACAUUGUCAUCAUCUAGUACUUCUACAUCUAGUUCAGAAAACAGUAUGAAGGAUGAAGAAGAACAGAUGUGCCCUAUUUGCUUGUUAGGCAUGCUGGAUGAAGAGAGCCUAACUGUGUGUGAAGAUGGCUGCAGGAACAAAUUGCACCACCACUGCAUGUCAAUAUGGGCAGAAGAAUGCAGAAGAAACAGAGAGCCACUUAUAUGUCCUCUUUGUAGAUCUAAAUGGAGAUCUCAUGAUUUCUACAGUCAUGAAUUGCCAAGCCCUGUGGAUUCUUCUAUUCUCCGUGGGGUUCAGCAACAAACCCAGCAGCAAUCUACAGCUGGAUCACAGAGAAGAACCCAAGAUAGCAAUUUUAACCUUACUCAUUAUGGGGUCCAGCAGAUCCCUUCUGCCUAUAAAGAUUUAGCUGAGCCAUGGAUUCAGGUAUUUGGAAUGGAGUUAGUUGGCUGCUUGUUUUCUCGAAACUGGAAUAUACGAGAGAUGGCACUUAGACGUCUUUCCCAUGAUGUUAGUGGUGCUCUGUUACUGGCUAAUGGUGAAAGCACUGGAAAUUCUGGAAGCAGCAGUGGAAAUAACACAAGUGCUGGAGCUUUGGGAGCAGCUAGUGGAUCGUCUCAAACCAGUAUCUCAGGAGAUGUGGUGGUAGAAUCCUGCUGCAGUGUGCUGUCCAUGGUCUGUGCAGACCCUGUCUACAAAGUGUAUGUUGCUGCUUUAAAAACUUUAAGAGCCAUGCUGGUUUAUACUCCCUGUCAUACUUCAACAGAGAGGACUAAACUACAGCGACUUCUCAAGCCAGUUGUAGAGACAAUACUAGUUAAAUGUGCAGAUGCCAACAG